AUGGAGCUUCUACUCAACCUGACACAGACUACGGGAGCAAAGUCGCCGGCUGCUUCUCGCUUGCAGAUUCAGCAUGACUUGUCAGAUGGGAUUGUGGAAUACGCAGCUGCUUUCCCCAUCCCCGUUCGUCGAUGCCGAGACUUGAGCAAGGAACGCAGCUAA